ACGCAAUUUCAAUAAACAUCAAGCAACAUGACAAGCUCUUGCCAACAGACAAUGCUGUCAUCGGAAUGCAGACAUUUAAUGACAUUCGCAACAUGCCAAGUCGUGCAUUAAUUUACAAGCGCUUUUCGAGGAAGCUUCAUGCUUGUUCUUCGCAUUUUUGCACUCUAAGUCAUGGCAAGGCCCUUUAAAUCCGGCAGAAACUAAGAGACUGAGGGAAACGAUCACCGGAGAAUCGAAGUCUCGCAAGAAAAAACGAAGGCUUCAGCAUGGGUUCGGGUCCGGCGCUGGAGCUUCCGUCCAUAGAUUUUUCCGGAUUGGGCGAUUCGGAGCCUGGAAGCGGCGGUUGGGAUUCCGUCCAAGAUGCCGUCCGGCGAGCGCUUGAAGAGUAUGGCUGCUUCUUGGCUCUGUACGACAAGGUCACCGUGGAGCUUCACGACGAGGUCUUCCAUCAGAUGGAGGAGAUGUUCGGUCUUCCGGCCGAGACUAAGCGCCAGUUCGUCGAUCCGACCAGGCCGUACGAUGGCUACCUUGCUAACCUCCCUCUUAACCCUCUUCAUGAGGCCAUGGGGAUGCGCGACGCCCUGAACUCGGGCGCGAUCGAACGCUUGGCCGGGCUCCUGUGGCCAGAGGGGAACGCCAAAUUCUGCGAACUGCUGAACACGUACCUGAGGAGGCUGUCCGAGUUAGACUACACGAUUCAGAAGAUGGUGUUCCGAAGCUUCGGCGUUGAGCGCUAUCUCGACUCGCACACCGCGUCGACGCUACAUGCCCUUCGCCUCCUCAGGUACGGAGCGCCAGAGACGGAGGAGGCUCGGCCCGGAGGCAUAACUCAUUACGACACGACCUUCGUGACCAUGCUGCAGCAGAAUCACGUGAACGGGUUGGAAGUGGAGACGAAGCAUGGAGACUGGAUUAAAGUCAGGCCUUCGGCUUCCUCUACUAUCGUCAUGCUUGGAGAGUCAUUCCAUGGAUGGAGCAACGGAAGAUUAUAUUGUCCUCGACACCGUGUGAUGAUGCGCGGGCACGAAGCCAGGCUCUCCAUCGGGAUCUUCUCCGGCGUUGAAGGAACCGUUCGGUGCCCCGACGAGCUCGUGGACGAGCAACACCCUUUGCUUUUCAAGCCCUUUGACGCUGAGGGCCUCGUCCGCAUCUUCGCCACACCGGAGGGACGGAACGGAGCUUCGGCUCUCAAAACCUUUUAUAGCGUUUCUAAUUGAACGUGAUCUUUCUUCAGAUUAUUAUUCCAAACCCUUUAUAAAGCCUUUAAUUUGAUGUUGGCGAUCGUUGUUUUUCUCCAAUCCCCAAUCCCCAUCCCCCAAAACCGCAACCUUUCUCUACCUAUGUCAUCUGGUAAUAAAAUUAAUAAUCACAAGAUUUAGCGGAUGACCUAUCUAUGUACAUCCAUGGUUAAAAUU